AUGGAGGGUGAGGAGAGGGCCGGGGCUGCCAUGGCGAGGUCCAGCCGUCUGACGGCCCUUCAGGAACAGCUGGUCUGGGCCCUGCUAGAAUCGGGCCUGUCCCGUGAUGUCUUGAUCCAUGCAAUGGGGGAACUGGAACGAGAAAGGGCGAACGGAACAGACAAGGGAGAGAGGGGGGAUGGGGAGAGCUCCGAGGAGGGAGAAAUGGAUUACCCACCACCGAUAUUCCGAGAUUUGGAGAAGUUCCCCCCAGAGGAGGCAGCCAAACUGAGGGCUGAAGUGGAACAGCUCGUGCGGGAGGACCCGUGGCAUGUUGCAAAAAUGGUGAAAAGCUACAUGCAGCAACAUAAUCUCCCUCAAAGAGAAGUGGUAGAGUCCACAGGACUCAAUCAAUCACACCUUUCCCAGCAUCUCAACAAAGGCACGCCUAUGAAGAACCAGAAAAGAGCUGCACUGUACAGCUGGUACGUCAAGAAGCAGUGUGAAAUCAGCCAGCAAUUCACCAAUGCCAAACAUGGCCUCACGUCUAUGGAGGAGCAGGGUGAGGACUCCAGGAAGGGUCGGAGAAACAGAUUCAAAUGGGGUCCAGCUUCCCUGCAGAUACUUUUCCAUGCCUAUGAACGCCAAAAAAACCCCAGCAAGGAGGAGAGAGAACGCUUAGUGGAGGAGUGUAACAGGGCAGAGUGUCUGCAGAGGGGGGUGUCCCCUUCACAGCUUGCUGGCCUGGGCUCCAACCUGGUAACUGAGGUCAGGGUGUACAAUUGGUUUGCGAACCGCAGGAAAGAGGAAGCCUUCCGGCACAAACUAGCUCUUGAUGGGCCUUUCACCAGCCACACGGGUUCUUCUUCGAACCCCAACCUUUCUUCAAGUCCAGAGCUCAGUGCCAAAUACAGCCAUCAAAUCCACUGUGAUACCCUGAGGUCAGCCAGAGGUAUUGGAGGGGAAAGUGUGGGGCACCUUUUGGUCAGUCCUGUCCAGCUAGAGCCAAGCCACACACUCCUUGAGAGCCACCAUCCCAAAUUGGUUUCCAGUGGAGGCCCACUUCCCCCUGUAAGCACUCUGACCUCACUCCACAGUUUGUCCUCCUCCCCCGCAUCCUCGCAAGGCCUCAUCAUGGCUUCUCUGCCCAGCGUCAUGAGCCUAGGAGAGUCCUCACUUCUCAUUGGUCUAGCUUCAACACAAUCUCAAACGGUACCAGUCAUAAACAACAUGGGAGGUGGUUUCACGACUCUGCAGCCAAUCUCAUUCCAGCAGCAGCAGCUUCACGCCCAGCAGCCAAUGCCACAGCAGCUCCAAAGUCAAAUGGGUUCCAGUCCAUUUAUGGCGACCAUGGCACAGCUGCCAAGUCACAUGUAUAGCAAGACUGAUUCGCUACAGUACCCUUCGUCUAGUCUUCUGUCUCAGGCCAUGGUCAUCACUGAGAGCAGCAGUCUGGGGACACUAACCAGCCUUGCAUCUGUCAGACAGAUUUUAACAGCUGAUCCUGAGGAGCAGACAGACCCUUCACUGCAGGAAAAUUCUCUGCACCUGCAGCCACACACACCUUUACCAGCAUCCAGCCAGAGCCCAGACCUGUAUCCUGCCUCCCAGACAACAGACAGUCACCAGUCUCACCUUCUGUCACCUUCACCAACAGACAUUAGCACGUACAUCCCUACACAAAUGGUCUCUACAUCACAGUAG